AUGGGUUUGUUUUGUGUAAUCCCGGAUGGUGGAGCGGGGAUCGCCAUCUGUUUCCAUACUGCACACAUGCGCUGAUAAAGAGGCAGAGACCUGAUCUUCAUCCUCAUCUGCUCUUUGUGUGUGUGUGUGUUUGUGUGUGUGUGUUCGCUCAGCGCUGUGCGUGUAUGUGUGUGGUUGUGAGGGUCUGAGUGAGUGUGUGUGUCCGUGUCCACUGAGCGGUGUGUGUGUGUGUGUGAUAGAGAAAGUCCAUGCGGAGAUGCGGAGCGGUGGCCGCGGCUGCUGUGUCCGGGAAUCAGCGCUGAACCGCCGCAGUGAUGCUGGAGCUCUGCGGGGAUGAAAAGCUGCAGGCGCGGGUCUGGAGUCCUGAACUGUGUCAGAGUGGCUCCUGAUCUUCAGCAUUAGCAUCAUCAUCAUCAUCUUCAGCAUCAGGACCAGCUCAGAUUCAGUAUCGCUGAGUGCAGGGGAAAAGCGAAACGCGUUUGUCCGUCCGCAGCGCGAGUGUCCCUGGCGGGCCGCCGUCGGGAUGGGUGACGGCAUGUCGAAGCGGCUGAGGCUGGUGGCGGGCGCAGACUCGGAGAUGGAGGAGCGCUGUUUCAGCAACCCGUUCCCGGAUUACGAGCCUUCAGCGGCUCCGAGCCCGGACAGCGGAGACCCGGAGGACACCGGAGAUACCGGAGAGCUCUUCGACCGCACCGGAAAGAUCAGCGACGCCUUUCAGAAGAAAGUGCAAAGCAAGAUUAAAGAUCUUCUCCAACAGAUGGAGGAGGGCCUGAAAACUGCAGAUCCACACGAUUUUUCCACCUAUACAGGCUGGACAGGCGUGGCUCUGCUGUAUCUGCAUCUGUAUCAGGCCACGCAGGAGGUUUCACAUCUGCAGCGUUCUCUGGAUUACGUCAAGCGCACCCUGAGGAACCUGAACGGGCGCCGGGUGUCUUUUCUGUGUGGAGACGCCGGACCGCUGGCAGUGGGAGCCGUCGUACACCAUCACCUCAAGAACCAGACCGAGUCCCAGGACUGCAUCAGCAAGUUGCUGCAGCUCCAGCGUUCAGUGCUCAGUCCAGACUCUGACGUUCCUGAUGAGCUUCUGUACGGUCGGGCCGGGUAUCUGUACGCCCUGCUGUACGUCAACAGAGAGAUCGCUCCUGACGCAGUGGACGAGGCCACCAUCGCCAAGGUGGUGACGGCCAUUGUGGAGUCGGGGAAGAACUUGUCUAAAGAGGAGAAGAAGAGCGAGCGAUGCCCGCUGCUGUACGAGUGGCACAAGAAGCAGUAUGUCGGAGCCGCUCACGGCCUGGCCGGGAUAUACUACAUGCUCAUGCAGCCGAGUGCUAAACUCCAUCCGGAUCUGCUGAGCGAGCUGGUUCGGCCCAGUGUGGAUUAUCUGCGGCACAAGAAGUUCCGGUCCGGCAAUUACCCAUCAUCCCUCAGCAACGAGAGCGACCGGCUGGUGCACUGGUGUCACGGAGCUCCGGGAGUGCUGCAUAUGCUCAUCAUGGCACACACGGUCUUCAAGGAUGAGAAGUACCUGCGUGACGCUCUGGAGUGUGGAGAGCUGAUCUGGCAGAGGGGUUUACUGAGGAAGGGUUACGGGCUCUGCCACGGCACGGCUGGAAACGCAUACGCUUUCCUGGCACUCUACCGCUGCACACGCGACAGAAAACACCUGCACCGCGCCUGCAAGUUUGCUGAAUGGUGUCUGGAUUACGGGACCCACGGCUGCCGCAUUCCUGACCGGCCGUACUCACUUUUUGAAGGUAUGGCUGGAGCCAUCCACUAUCUCUCAGACGUCCUCCAGCCUGAAGUCUCCUGUUUUCCAGCUUUCCAGCUCUGAGAGCAGCACUGGCGUCUCUCUUACUGCACACAUUGGACUCCACGGACCCUCUAUGGACCCUUUAAACCCAACAAAAGGAUUCUCUGUCAAUGUGGAUGCAAAAAAUCAACAACAUUCAGCCUAUAAGUUCCAACAGCGCUGCCUUGAGUUCUGUCCUCGUGGUGUUUAAAGGGACACAAUAGUGAAGAGGCUGUUUCUUUCUUCUGUUCAACACAAAUGAAGAUAUUUUGAAGAAUGCUGCAAAGCUGUAUUCAUUGACUUCCAUAGUAUUUGUUUUUCCUGUUAUAUAAGUCGAUGGUUACAGGUUUCCAUUAUGCUUCAAAAUACUGUCAUUAGUGUUCGACAGAAGAAAAGGGGUUAGUUCACAAAAAAUACAAUUGUAUUGACACGGUCUCACUGUUGACACGCUCUCAAUGUCUUCUGUUAAACAAAAACGAAGAUAUUUUGAAGAAUGUUGGAAACCGGUAACCAUUGACUUCCAUAGUAUUUGUUUGUCCCAUUAAAGAAGUCAAUGGUUCAAAAAACACUUUCUUUUUUUUGAGUGAAUUGUUUAUUUAAAGGGUUAGUUCACCACAAAAUAAAACACACUCCAUAUUUUACUCUCCCUCAAGUGUUUCCAAACCUUGAUGAGUUCAAAAGAAGAUAUUUUGAAGCAUGUUGGAAGCCGGUAACCAUUGACUUCCAUAAUAUUUGUUUUUCCCAUUAUAGAAGUCAAUGGUUACAGGUUUCCAACAUUCUUCUAAAUAUCUUCUUUUGUGGUUAACAGAAGAAAGAAACUUAUAAAUCUUCAUUUUUGAGUGAACUGUUCAUUUAAAGUGAUAGUUCCCCAAAAAGUACAAAUGUACUCAAAGAAACGAAUAGAUUUUUAUUUAUGAGUGAACUUUCUCUUUAAAUGGGUUGUUCACGCCAAAAUAAAAUAUACUAUAUUACUCUUCCUCAAGUGUUUCCAAACCUUCAUGAGUUUCUUUCUUCUGUUGAACCCAAAAGAAGAUAUUUUGAAGAAUGUUGUAAACCGGUAACCAUUGACUUCCAUAGUAGGAAAAACAAAUACCAUGAAAGUCAAUGUUUGAAACGGGUAAAGAGUGAGUAAAUGAUGACGGAAUGUUCAUUUCUGUGAGAACUGACCCUUUAAGACUGGAUGAUGCUAAUAUAUGAUAUGUAGUUUGUCUUUGCAGCUCUUCAAGUUUCCAGUGUUUGCAUGCCUGUUGUGUAGCAGUGCCUAUGAUUGUGUGUUCGUCUAUAUCUGUCUGUGUUGUCUUUGCAUGAGGACGGUGUGUGUGUGUGUCUUUUGGUCAGUUUAUCCAGCAUCCCAAAUGGUUUGUUUGCCAAUAUGUGUAGUGUGUGUGUGUGUGUGUGUGUGUGUGUGUGUGUGUGUGUGUGUGUGUGUGUGUGUGUGUGUGUGUGUUUGUGUGAGUGUGUGUGUGUGUGUGUGUGUGUGUGUGUGUGUGUGUGUGUGUGUGUGUGAGUGUGAGUGUGAGUGUGUGUGUAGUGUGUGUGUGUGAGAGUGUUUUGUUCCAGUGGCCAUGUGUCUCGAUGAGGGAGAGAGUGCAGAGAGAUUGAGCUGCUCUGGUAAAUAUUGUUUCCUCAGGCUAAUAAUGUCACUUCUGAAUGUCACAAUAAACUGGGCUUUUUCUGAA